AUGUCAGCAGAACAUGCUACAGGAAACUCGUCUCGCCUCAGACCAGGAGAAUUUCCACCACUGGUAACCAUUUCUCCUCUUAUCUCACCUCAUAAACUCACAAUCAUCGUCCUUCACGGCCGUGGCUUCAACGCACAGAAGUUCCACUCACCUCUUCUUGCAUCUCCGUCUCCCGAUCCAUCAAUAUCAUUUCAUCAAUCACUCCCGCAUGCUCGCUUCGUGUUCCCGACCGCGCCUCUUGCUCGGGCGACCAAGUAUCGCCGUUCACUUAUUCAUCAGUGGUAUGAAGGAACCGGUGACUGGGAACCCGAGGCGCGUGGGAACAUGCGACCAAGCAUUGAGUAUAUCCAUAAUUUAUUGAAAGACGAAAUAGAAAGGUUGAGGGGUGAUGCAGGAAAAGUAGUGUUGAUUGGUUUCAGCCAAGGCGGUGCAAUGGCAUUGAUGAGUUGGUUGCUUUGGGAGGGCCAGAGUCUGGGCGCGGUGGUUAUAAUGAGUGGCUUCAUGCCCUUGGCGGAGACUUUAAUGGCAGACGAGACAGAUGAUGAUGCCUCAGAAGACGGAUUGUUCGAAAGGGAUAGUGAAGAGGAAGCAAAAACUCCACUGCAAAGGGCAAUCGACGAGCUUCGUGAAGAAGCAGAGCUUGAUCCUACACCACUAACAACAUCUUUCCCUUUCCUGAAAACUUCUGUGUUCGUGGGACAUGGUAAAAAGGACGAGGAUGUUGAGUAUUGUCACGGACUAAGUGCCGCCAAAUGCCUGGAGCGGAUGGGGGCAAAAGUCGAGUUAAAGACUUACCCAGUCUUGAAGCAUUGGUACUGUCCUGAAGAACUUGGACACACAACACAAUUCAUAAAUCAACAGCUAGGCCUAUAA